AUGUUAUUCCUCUAAACGGAUAACUUUCAUACAUGAAAGAAACAAUUAUUUUUUGUUUUUCAACAGAAAAAAGAACAGUCAGCUGACUAACUGAAUUUCGAUUCAUUUCGUUCUUUAUUGCUGUUGCAAAUUUCAAUAUAUUCUCGAGAUGUUCGUGUGUAUGGCGAAUGUUUAUCGUACACGAAUUUUUGUGUAAACAUAAUUAAGAGAAUGCACAGCUGAAAUUGGAGCGAGUUCGUUUUGAAUUUUGUAAACAUCAAAAUACGAGUGAGUUGUUCAAUGCACAUUCAAAGUUCGUGGAAUUGAAAUGAUAAAUGAUUUGAUUUGCUGAAUAAUGCUAUUUUGGAGUAUUCAAACAAUAACAGUGGCAGACGGACGACGAAAAAAAAAUUUUAGAACGAAAACACAGCGACACUUUUCAAAAUUGCUUGAAGCAAAUCUGAAGCAUAUUCGCCGUGUCAUUCACGCUGCAGUUUUUGAUCGAUAAAGAUUGGAAUUGAAAGUUGUUCAAGUUGAAAAGUAAAUUGUCAAGCCGAAAUGGACAACGAAGGCGAACCAAAAAAGAAACAAGCUCGCAUUAGUGAUUUAUUUGGGAAAAUCAAAUUGCAAAAUCGUUUUUCAAGUGACACCAAUCAGUCGCAACAAUUAAACACUCAAAGUUCCACUGCAUCAUCUUCAACCAAUAUUGGCAACGUUCCACAAACUGCACCUGUAGUGUCACCUACUUCAGAGCUAAACUGUGCAGAAUCCGAUAAUUCAAACAUUGAUUCAGAAACCACAUCGCAAAAUGCACCAACCGACCUUAUACCAAUUGGCGCUGAUUGGAAAAAACAAGUGUUUUCGCAGAAAGAUUUCCCAAAAAACGAAGAAAGGCGAAGCUUCAAGCCACGCUGGAUUGAAAGUCAUGAAUGGAUUGAGUAUUCCCAUAGUGCUGAUGCUAUAUUUUGUUUCCCUUGUCGUCAAUUUGGAAAAACAACGACGAAAGAUGAUGUUUUUACAAAGGUGGGAUACAAAGGAUGGAAAUUGGCAUUGCAAAAAGGCAAAGGCCUCGAUAGACACAAUCAAUCCUUACAACACAUCCAGAAUAUGAAUUCAUGGAAGGAAAGAGAAGCUCGUCGUAAGAACGCGACAGAAAUUUCAGUCCAAUUAUCAAGCGAUAUCAUCGAAAAACGAAAAUAUUAUGUCAAAUCACUUAUAGGUGUGGUAAAAUUUCUCGCUGCAAAUGAAUUACCGUUUCGAGGUGACUGGGAAGGCAGCACCCACACCGAAAAAGGUGUGUUCACGAAUCUGCUUGAAUACACUUUGCAAAUAUACACGUCACCUGAUGUACAGAACGAGCUGAUUUCUAUUAUGGCGGCAUUGGUACGACAGCAAAUUGUUACAGAAGUCAAUUCGUGCGAUGGUUUCACUCUCUUGGUUGAUGGUACAAAAGACCGAAACAAAAAUGAAAUUAUCUCGAUCGCUGCACGUUAUGUACUUGGUUCAACACCCAAAGAAUCUUUAUUAUCAUUUGAGAAAUCAGAAAGCCUUUGUGCUUAUCCAAUGGCUGAAUUUAUUUUGGCAAAAUUAACUGAUUUCGAAAUGGAUUUAGUGAAACUGCUUAGCCAAUGCUAUGAUGGAGCCAAC